CUUCCAAUGUGGUCACUCACUAUAUAGCAGCGUUUAACAGCAGAAGCCAACAGUUGCACAGUUAUGAAGACUUCGUAUUUACAUUAUUGUCUUUUUGCACUAGGCAUACGAUGGUCUUCUCUAGUUUCAGGUCAGUGCCCUCAGAACAAGUAUGGACCAGACUGUACGUAUGACUGUCACUGUGGUCCGGGUGUGAGCUGUGAUCCUCAGACAGGAUGUGGUGGAAACUGUGCAGAAGACUGGCUUGGUAAUCAUUGCCAAGCGAGGAACGUGGCUCUACGGAGACCAACAGCCGAGAGUCCUAAAUCAGUAUGCAGGACACUAUUAGGUAGAAGAGUUUGUGACCACUCCGUUCUGGCGGUGGACGGCAGGAGGGGACAUAAGUUUCAUGAAAUUGGUGGUUGUUCCCAUACGGGCAACGACGAUCUCCCGCAACAUGCGCAGUGGAACGUCACUCUCGACCAAGAGUACGAUGUCUAUUGGUUUAUCAUCGAUAACAGAAAUGAUUGCUGUGGCUGGCGCUUAAACGGUUUCGUUUUAUCGGUUGGACAAACGUCAAAAGAGGGCUAUGACUACCAGGUUUGUUACCAUGACUUGACAAAAGGCGGUCCCUAUACAAAGGGGCCAGGUGACACGAUCCAUGAACACUGCACCGACGCUCCACUGAAGGGAGAUGUUGUCCAAAUUAGACAGACCAACAUCUACCCGCUUUCCCUAUGCGAAGUUAUUAUAUACAUAUGCAGCCCAGGCUGGUAUGGACAAGAAUGCAACAAUCAGUGCACAAGUGCGUCGGCAUGUCUCCGCUGUGAUGACCGUCAGAGGAGAUGCAUUGAGUGUGUAGAUGGUAGGUGGGGUGAAGACUGCCAGCAGACGUGCUGUUGCCCACAUGAGAAAUGUAAGAAGAACACCGGCAAAUGUUUUUGUCCUGCAGGAUACAAGGGAGAUCACUGUGAUACACCCUGCAUGCCGGGAGAGUAUGGUCAUGAAUGUACGAGUACAUGUGGUUAUUGCGCUGAGGGAACUACUCUCUGUAGCAUCACAUCAGGAGAAUGUCCAGACCAGUCACCGCUUCCUAGAUGUCAGGCCGGAUACAAGGGAACAAAAUGUCAUCAAGGCUGCACUGCAGAAGAGUAUGGCCCUGACUGUCGAGAGACAUGUGGAUACUGUGCUGAGGGAAGAACAGUCUGUAACAGAACAACAGGAGAAUGUCCAGAUAGGUCACCGGAUCCUAGAUGUCAGGCCGGAUACCAGGGAAUAAAAUGUAAUCAAGAAUGUUCCCACGGAUUUUACGGCGUCGACUGCCUGGAUCUGUGUGGGAAUUGCUCCAGUACUUCGGGAUCCUGUCAUCAUGUUCACGGGACUUGUAUUAGCUGUGAGCCUGGUUGGAACGGAACCUUCUGUAAAGAGCCGUGUCUUGCUGGUUACUAUGGUGAUAACUGUGGUGAGGUCUGUGGCAGUUGCCGCAGGGGAGUGGAUCAGUGUAACGCAGUCACUGGCGAAUGCCCCAGUGCUUCAACCGGCAGGUGUGCCGAAGGGUUCACAGGGGAAUUGUGUAAAACAGAGUGUCCCUUAGGUCAGUAUGGAAUAGACUGCAGGGAGACCUGCGGACUGUGUGCGGGAUGUAGACACGAGUGCGACAGAAUAACGGGGAUAUGCCCGGGGAGUCAGACACCAAGAUGUGGCCCUGGCAGGAAGGGAAUAAGGUGUAAUACAGAGUGUUCCUUAGGUGAAUUUGGAGCAGACUGCACAGAGACAUGUGGCCAGUGUGCUGAGGGUCAGGAUCAGUGUGAUAGGGGAACAGGGACCUGUCCGGACCAUCAACCGCUCAGGUGUGCACCUGGCUGGGGAGGGGACAGGUGUAAGACAGCAUUACUGAAUGACACAGAGGCAUUAGCUAGGCUUGCCGAGGUACAGCCGGAAGUCCCCUGCAUAGGCGUCGUCCUGGGAAGCAGCUUGGCAAUUGCUGCAACCGCCAUAGUGAUUAUAAUUACCAUCGUAUACCUAAUGAAAAGAUCUAAACAAAAGCCAAACUCAGAUAUCAUGUUGCUAUCAGCGGAGGAACCACUUGAUCAGAGUGCGCAUUCCACAGAGACGAAGGACGUAGACAGCGAGAAGUUUCCAAAGUACAACACCUUACCAGAGGAUGAGCAUUUGUGAAGCACAAUGUCAAUUCCAUUUCUGUGACACUUGAUGAUUAACUCUAAAUUGUUGUGGUAUUUACAGAAUCUGUUACCUUCACAGCUGGAUACCAUCUUAUCUUUGUAAAUAUGUAAACUACUCAUGUCAUAUUACAGUACUUAUCACUACUUGUUAUCGUGCCCUUAAUUUACUAUGUUAUAUCGGAUAGUGUACAUGUAUCCCUUUCUGGCAUGUAUAUGGCGUAUACACAAACGGAGUCAAGGUUCGACAUUCAGUGUUUCGUGUACCGAUCUUCUACACAAUUAUAAUUUGUUUCCAUUCACCUUAAUGCACAACAAACUGUUAUUAAUUUGACUGCCCCGCAAUCGUUGAAAUGUGCCAGUUGUUGCUUAUAAGGGAGUUAUGCCACUGACUGUUUUCAUGAUUGAAUCAAUGUUGCGCUAAACGUAUUCAAGUUUGUGAAGAUGACUAGAGGUCAGAGUUCAUAUACACACCCAAUCCUUUUUACCAUUUUGUGUCUAGAAUUGAGUAUAAUUCUUCAUCUGAUCACAAAAUCAAAGCGUUUUUUGCUAAGGUUAUGUGUUUUAGGACACCAUGGUCUGUUAGGACUGGAUUUUCUGCUUUCAUGUUCAUUAAUUGCAUUGGAUACGCAGGUUGCAGAUAACUGCAUGUUUAUUUGACUCAUACGUCGAUUAGUAAAAGCAUUUCCGUCACACUUCAGUA